AUGUCAAAAGCAUCAGCAGCAGAAGAGCAAACAGUGAACGUUUAUGGAUGGGCAGCAAAAGAUUCAUCAGGAAUUCUCUCCCCCUUUCACUUCUCUAGGAGGGUUAACGGCGAUAACGACAUUACCAUCAAGAUACUGUACUGUGGGAUUUGCCAUACAGACCUUGUCUUCGUUAAAGAUGGAUCACUAAUGCCGACCAACUAUCCGUUUGUUCCCGGGCACGAGAUUGUGGGUGAAGUGACAAAUGUUGGUUGCAAUGUCACAAAGUUCAAAAUCGGAGAUAGAGCCGGCGUGGGAGCCAUGGUGGGCUCAUGCGGUUCAUGCAACAAUUGCAAGCAGGAUUUAGAAAAUUAUUGCCCCAAAAUGUUAUGGACCUCCGUCGGAGAGUACUACGAUGACCUGAGAAACUUUGGUGGAUUUUCUGAUAAGCUAGUCGUAGACCACCAUUUUGCGGUCCUAGUCCCAAAUAAUCUGCCAUUAGCCGCUUCUGCCCCGCUACUUUGUGCCGGAAUUUCAGUGUACAGCCCCAUGAUGCACUAUGGACUCUCCAACGCCGGCCAGCAUUUGGGUGUCGUAGGCCUCGGUGGCCUCGGCCAUCUGGCUGUCAAGUUUGCCAAAGCUCUAGGAAUGAAGGUCACCGUAAUAAGCACCUCUCCAGGCAAGCAGAAGGAAGCAGUAGAACAACUUGGCGUUGAUGAUUUUUUGCUUAGCCAUGACCAGGACAAAUUGCAGGCUGCCAUGGGCACAAUGGACGGUAUACUCGACACAGUUUCAGCACCUCACUCACUCCUGCCAUUGAUUGAAUUGUUGAAGACGGACGGAAAAUUGAUCUUGGUUGGUGCUCCAAUUAAGGCUCCUGAGCUACCACAUAUUCCUUUAAUGUUGGGGAGGAAGAUUGUUGGUGGUAGCGCAGUCGGGGGAAUGAAAGAGACCCAAGAGAUGAUGGAUUUUGCAGGAAAGCACAAUGUAACGGCAGAUGUGGAAGUCAUUGCAAUGGAACAUAUAAACACUGCUUUUGAACGACUUGCCAAGGGUGAUGUUAAGUACCGUUUUGUCAUUGACGUGGCCAACAUGUUAAUCUAGACCUCAAAUAAAUUUUAGGCUCCGUUUGUUUACGAUCCACGGAAAACAUGUUUGUUUUCG